GCCUGGAGCUGGUAGUGGGAGGAAGGCCGGCUUCGCAGAGCCCGGGCUGGAGCGGGAGGAGAGACUCAUGAAAUGGCCACAGAUGAUAAUUCUUCCCCAGCCCUGGACUCUGCUAAUGAUUUGCCUCGGUCUCCUACUAGUCCCUCUCGUCUCACACACUUUAAACCUUUGACUCCUGAUCAGGAUGAACCACCUUUUAAGUCAGCAUAUAGUUCUUUUGUAAAUCUUUUUCGAUUUAACAAAGAGAGAGGAGAAGGGGGCCAAGGAGAGCAGCAGUCUCCAAGUGGUAGUUGGUCCAGCCCUCAACUCCCUUCCAGGGCACAAUCUGUGAGGUCACCUGUACCUUACAAAAAGCAGCUGAAUGAGGAACUUCAGCGUCGCUCAUCAGUAUUAGAUACAAGAAGGAAACCGGAACCUACCUUUGGAGGUCAUGAUCCUCGUACAGCUGUUCAGCUUCGAAGCCUCAGCACAGUAUUAAAACGUCUCAAGGAAAUCAUGGAGGGGAAAAGCCAGGAUAGUGACCUGAAGCAAUACUGGAUGCCAGAUAGCCAAUGUAAAGAGUGCUAUGACUGCAGUGAAAAAUUUACAACCUUUAGACGCAGACACCACUGCCGUCUCUGUGGGCAGAUUUUCUGCAGUCGUUGCUGUAACCAAGAAAUCCCUGGGAAAUUUAUGGGCUAUACAGGGGACCUUCGAGCUUGUACAUAUUGUAGAAAAAUAGCUUUAAGUUAUGCACAUUCUACAGAUAGUAACUCCAUUGGGGAAGACCUGAAUGCUCUUUCUGAUUCUGCUUGUUCUGUCUCUGUACUUGAUCCAAAUGAGCCCCGAACACCUGUUGGCAGUAGAAAAGCCAGCCGGAACAUAUUCUUAGAGGAUGAUUUAGCCUGGCAAAGUUUGAUUCAUCCAGACACCUCAAAUACUGCUCUCUCCACAAGACUUGUUUCUGUUCAGGAGGAUGCGGGAAAAUCUCCUGCUCGAAACAGAUCAGCCAGCAUUACUAACCUGUCACUGGAUCGAUCUGGUUCUCCUAUGGUUCCCUCAUAUGAGACAUCUGUUAGUCCCCAGGCUAACCGAACAUACGUUCGGACAGAGACCACAGAGGAUGAACGCAAAAUUCUUCUGGACAGUGUUCAGUUAAAGGAUCUGUGGAAAAAAAUCUGUCAUCACAGUAGUGGAAUGGAGUUUCAGGAUCACCGCUACUGGCUGCGUACACAUCCUAACUGCAUAGUAGGGAAGGAGUUAGUCAACUGGCUAAUCCGAAAUGGACAUAUAGCCACAAGGGCACAGGCUAUAGCAAUUGGACAAGCAAUGGUUGAUGGUCGUUGGUUGGAUUGUGUUAGUCAUCAUGACCAACUUUUUAGAGAUGAAUAUGCAUUGUACAGGCCUCUGCAGAGUACAGAAUUUUCUGAGACGCCUUCUCCAGACAGUGACUCAGUGAACUCUGUGGAAGGACAUUCUGAGCCAUCCUGGUUUAAAGACAUAAAAUUUGAUGACAGCGACACAGAACAGAUAGCUGAAGAAGGUGAUGAUAAUUUGGCUAAUUCUGCCAGUCCUAGCAAGCGCACCUCAGUCAGCAGUUUCCAGUCCACAGUGGACAGUGACUCAGCCGCUUCCAUCAGCCUGAACGUGGAGCUGGACAACGUGAACUUCCAUAUCAAGAAGCCCUCCAAGUACCCACAUGUGCCCCCUCACCCUGCUGACCAAAAAGAGUAUUUGAUUUCUGACACUGGAGGACAACAGCUCUCAAUAAGUGAUGCCUUCAUCAAAGAAUCCUUAUUUAAUCGUCGAGUAGAAGAAAAAUCCAAAGAACUGCCUUUCACACCUUUGGGCUGGCAUCAUAACAACCUGGAGCUUCUAAGAGAGGAAAAUGGGGAAAAACAAGCAAUGGAGAGAUUGCUUUCAGCCAAUCAUAACCACAUGAUGGCACUACUCCAGCAGUUGCUCCAUAAUGAGUCAUUGUCAUCAUCUUGGAGGGACAUCAUUGUGUCACUGGUCUGCCAGGUUGUGCAAACAGUUCGACCUGAUGUUAAGCACCAGGACGAUGAUAUGGAUAUACGUCAGUUUGUUCACAUCAAAAAGAUCCCAGGUGGAAAGAAAUUUGAUUCUGUGGUUGUCAGUGGCUUUGUUUGUACCAAGAACAUCGCACAUAAAAAGAUGAAUUCUUGUAUUAAGAAUCCCCAAAUUCUUCUGUUGAAGUGUUCCAUUGAGUAUCUCUACAGAGAAGAAACUAAAUUUACUUGCAUUGAUCCUAUUGUGCUUCAGGAAAGAGAAUUUUUGAAGAAUUAUGUUCAACGAAUUGUUGAUGUUCGACCUACAUUGGUUCUAGUUGAGAAAACAGUGUCUCGAAUCGCCCAGGAUAUGUUAUUGGAACAUGGCAUUACUCUGGUCAUUAAUGUAAAGUCACAAGUUUUAGAACGGAUCAGCCGGAUGACACAAGGUGAUUUAGUGAUGUCCAUGGACCAGCUACUCACGAAACCACAACUGGGUACUUGUCACAAAUUUUAUAUGCAGAUAUUUCAGCUGCCUAAUGAACAAACCAAAACGCUGAUGUUUUUUGAGGGCUGUCCCCAGCACCUGGGCUGUACAGUUAAGCUCAGAGGAGGUUCUGAUUAUGAGUUGGCUCGAGUUAAAGAGAUCCUAAUAUUUAUGAUAUGUGUAGCUUAUCAUUCUCAACUCGAAAUCUCCUUCCUCAUGGAUGAAUUUGCUAUGCCUCCUACAUUGAUGCAGAGCCCUUCAUUCCAUUCUCUUAUUGAGGGACAAAGGGAUGAGGAGGCCACACAGGAGCAGGGUAGUGGAAGCUCCCUCCCCCGGGAUCCUGACUGCUUUCCUGACUCUCUGUCCUCUGAUGAUAGCAAUUUUCUGGAAUCAAGGAUUACCUUUGAGAAGAGUGAGCAAGAAAAUAAAAGUGUUCCACAGGCUGUUAAUUCUUUGAAGCAGCAAGAAUAUGCCACAGCUACUUGCCCAGCAGGAAUCCCCUGUGCUCUCUUUCAAUCAGUACCUGAAUCCUUAUUGCCACUCCAUGUGGACCAAAAGGACACUGUAGUCAGUGAACAGCCAGAGACUUUGCGUCCAACAGAUGAUCAACAGGAUCCCAAAAGCCAGAUGAGAGCCUUUCGAGACCCUCUACAGGAUGACACUGGAUUGUAUGUUACUGAGCAAGUCGCCUCCUGUGAAGAUAACCGGAAGACUUAUUCUUUGGCCUUUAAACAGGAAUUAAAAGAUGUGAUCCUCUGUAUCUCCCCUGUUAUAACAUUCCGGGAACCUUUUCUUUUAACCGAAAAGGGGAUGAGGUGCUCUACUCGAGACUAUUUUCCAGAGCAGAUUUAUUGGUCUCCUCUUCUCAAUAAAGAGGUCAAAGAAAUGGAGAGCAGGAGGAAGAAACAGCUGCUUAGGGAUCUCUCUGGACUUCAGGGUAUGAAUGGAAGUGUCCAGACCAAGUCUAUUCAAGUCUUGCCCUCUCAUGAGCUACUGAGCACCAGGAUUGCUGAGCAUCUGGGUGAUAGCCAGAGUUUGGGUAGAAUGCUGGCUGAUUAUCGAGCCAGAGGAGGAAGAAUUCAGUCAAAAUAUUCAGACCCUUUUGCUCACUCAAAGGAUACUGCAAGUUGCAAAUCAGGAAACAAAACUGAGGGUGAUGAAGAGAGAGGGUUCAUUCCAGGUGAUGCAGUGUGGUCAACAAAGUGUUUACUUUGUCAUAAUUCUUAUGAUGUGUUUCUACAACUGAUGUCUUAUUUUAGGAUUGUAACAAUGGAAUUUUAUGGAAAGAAUGAUCUUACAUUAGGAAUAUUUUUAGAACGAUAUUGUUUCAGGCCUUCUUAUCAGUGCCCUAGCAUGUUCUGUGAUACCCCUAUGGUGCAUCACAUUCGGCGUUUUGUCCAUGGCCAAGGCUGCGUGCAGAUAAUCCUAAAGGAGUUGGAUUCCCCAGUACCUGGAUACCAGCAUACAAUUCUCACAUAUUCUUGGUGCAGAAUCUGUAAACAGGUGACACCAGUUUUUGCUCUAUCCAAUGAAUCCUGGUCUAUGUCAUUUGCAAAGUACCUGGAACUUAGGUUUUAUGGGCACCAGUACACACGGAGAGCCAAUGCUGAGCCCUGUGGUCACUCUAUCCACCAUGAUUAUCACCAGUAUUUCUCUUACAACCAAAUGGUGGCAUCAUUCAGUUAUUCUCCCAUCCGGCUUCUUGAAGUAUGUGUUCCACUCCCCAAAAUAUUCAUUAAACGUCAGGCUCCAUUAAAAGUGUCCCUUCUUCAGGAUCUCAAGGACUUCUUUCAGAAAGUUGCACAGGUAUAUCUCGCUGUUGAUGAAAGACUUGCAUCUUUGAAAACUGAUACAUUUAGCAAAACAAGAGAGGAAAAAAUGGAAGAUAUCUUUGCACAAAAAGAGAUGGAAGAAGGUGAGUUCAAGAACUGGAUUGAGAAGAUGCAAGCAAGGCUUAUGUCCUCCUCUGUAGAUACCCCUCAGCAACUGCAAUCCAUCUUUGAGUCUCUCAUUGCCAAGAAACAAAGCCUCUGCGAAGUGUUGCAAGCUUGGAAUAACAGGUUGCAGGACCUUUUCCAACAGGAAAAAGGCAGAAAGAGGCCUUCAGUUCCUCCAAGUCCUGGAAGACUGAGACAAGGGGAAGAAAGCAAGAUAAGUGCAAUGGACACAUCUCCACGGAAUAUUUCUCCAGGACUUCAAAAUGGAGAAAAAGAGGAUCGCUUCUUGACUACCCUAUCCAGUCAGAGUUCCACCAGUUCUACCCAUCUCCAUUUGCCUUCUCCACCAGAAGUCCUGGCUGAGCAGUCUGUAGGAGGACCUUCUGAACUUGACACAGCCAGUGGUUCUGAAGAUGUGUUUGAUGGACAUUUGUUGGGAUCCACAGACAGCCAAGUAAAGGAAAAGUCCACCAUGAAAGCCAUCUUUGCAAAUUUGCUUCCAGGAAAUAGCUAUAAUCCUAUUCCAUUUCCUUUUUGUAAAGAAUACCGAAAUGCCUUAGAAGAAUUGUCUAAAGCAACUCUGUGGAACAAUGCUGAAGAAGGGCUUCCAACAAAUAGUGUUUUAGAUAGCAGACCAAAGAGUAGCAGCCCUAUUAGAUUACCUGAAAUGAGUGGAGGACAGACAAAUCGUACAGCAGAAGCAGAACCACAACCAACAAAGAAGGCUUCUGGAAUGUUGUCUUUCUUCAGAGGGACAGCAGGGAAAAGCCCUGAUCUGUCUUCACAGAAGAGAGAGACCUUACGUGGAGCAGAUAGUGCUUACUACCAGGUUGGGCAGACGGGCAAGGAAGGCAUGGAAAAUCAAGGCAUUGAGCCCCAAGAUGAAAUAGAUGGAGGAGAUACACAAAAGAAACAACUCACAAAUCCUCAUAUAGAACUUCAGUUUUCUGAUGCUAAUGCCAAGUUUUACUGCCGUCUGUACUAUGCGGGAGAGUUCCAUAAGAUGCGUGAAGUGAUUCUGGGCAGCAGUGAGGAAGACUUCAUCCGCUCCCUGUCCCACUCCUCCCCCUGGCAGGCUCGAGGGGGCAAAUCGGGAGCUGCCUUCUAUGCCACGGAAGAUGAUAGAUUCAUUCUGAAGCAAAUGCCUCGUCUGGAAGUCCAGUCUUUCCUCGACUUUGCACCACACUACUUCAAUUAUAUUACAAAUGCUGUGCAACAAAAGAGGCCUACUGCUCUGGCCAAAAUUCUUGGAGUUUACAGAAUUGGUUAUAAGAACUCUCAGAACAAUACUGAGAAGAAGUUAGACCUCCUUGUCAUGGAAAAUCUUUUCUAUGGGAGAAAGAUGGCUCAGGUUUUUGAUUUGAAGGGUUCACUUAGGAAUCGAAAUGUAAAAAUGGACACUGGGAAAGAGAGUUGUGAUGUGGUCCUGCUGGAUGAAAAUCUCCUAAAGAUGGUUCGGGACAACCCUCUGUAUAUUCGUUCUCAUUCUAAAGCUGUACUGAGAACUUCCAUCCACAGUGACUCUCAUUUCCUUUCCAGCCACCUCAUUAUAGAUUAUUCUUUGCUGGUUGGGCGAGAUGAUACAAACAAUGAGUUGGUAGUUGGAAUUAUAGAUUAUAUUAGAACAUUUACAUGGGACAAAAAGCUUGAGAUGGUUGUGAAAUCAACAGGAAUUUUAGGUGGACAAGGUAAAAUGCCCACUGUAGUCUCUCCAGAGUUGUAUCGGACUAGGUUUUGUGAAGCAAUGGACAAGUAUUUCCUCAUGGUACCAGACCACUGGACAGGGUUGGAUCUGAAUUGCUAAAAUCUAACACAUCAUUUGAAAUAGACUAUGAUACAAAGACCUUUCAGUGUCAUGAGUCUUUAGACUGUUUAUAACAGAAGGGUACAAACUCCAUUAAUUUGCUCUUUGUUUUUUGAUGCCUUCGAAUUAAACUGUCCAUAGAUUUGGAAGCUGUCUGACAUAUUCACACUUCAGCUAAAUCCAGAUCCAUCUCAAAUGGCAAAGAUUAGAGACCAGAAGAUAAGAUGAAAAACUGAGUUCUUGUAAUUUGCUAACUGAAUUGUUUGAAGAAGCAGACGCUAUCUUAAAUAGAUUGUGAUUGUCCCUGUAACUCUCACAUUUCACACAUUCUUUACCUAGAAAGCAUUUGUAGCACUGUUGAAUUUGGUGUAUGUUUCAUAUCUAAUAAUUUAAUGUUAUAUAUUAUUAGGAGUUCUGAAAUCUUAAAAAAAUAAGUGUUUCAUUUGUUAAUGUGAUGUUAAACAGGAUAGCCCUGUUUUUUAUUGAGAAAUUUGGCUUAAGUUGAGAAUCCUGCCAUGUUCUGAAUGUCCCAGCUUCAAGUGUAUGUGGUAUAUUAAAAUUCUAUCUUCUCAGUAGAUGAUGAGAAUUACACUAUUAAUUUUAUACCCCCUUUAUGUUGGAGUAAUUCUUAAAAGCUUGUUGUUAAAAGCUUAUUUUGUGUAAUUAAUAUGUUAAAUGCACUUAUCUGCAAGUGCUCAGUUUUUAGGUUUCUGUUUUUUCUCUCUCAUUUUCAGGGAAACGUAAUAAAUGAGUCUAGAAUUACUGAAUCCCUAAAGGAUUUUUAAUUAAUAAAGCAUUUUUUGAUGUAAAAAAAAAAAUCAGACCCAAUUCAGGAAAUUGGGUGAGAAGGAAGCACUUAGUUGCUUCUAACCAUAGUAAGUAUCUUUCAACACAACCAGCAAUUUAAGUGGUGGCUAGAGUUACAAAAGUCUAUUCUGUGGACAUAACUGCUUUUUAAUUUUCUGUACAUUGACCUGGUUCUGCUAUUCAGAAAUUUCAAUAUAUAAAGUUAUUCUUAGUAAGGAACUUCUUUUGGGGGGGGGGGGCGGCGGUCUGGUCAUGGGGCCUGAAC